CGUUUGCGCUCCCGGGCUUGGAAAAUAUUUUCUGUUUGUUUAGGUGGGCACGGGUGCGCUGCUGCUGGGUGGUCUUUUUUCCGUGUGCAGGAAUUUCGAGGAAAAGCAUCGACUCAGCGACCGAGAGGGGGGAAAAAACGGCACCAGCCUGCAUUUUCUCAGCUCUGACUCGAUGGUGGGAUAAAAGGGAAAACAACUGCUUUUCACUGCCAGAAAGAUUACCCUGGCUUCCGAAACAAUCUCAACCGUGCUUUUGGCAACCAUGUCGCUGGUCGUUUGAGCUUGCCUCGCACUGUACUGGCCAACUAGCAACCGGCACGCGAAUGGAUUUCUCAGAAGCGCUUAAAAUUCCUAUUGGAAAAUCACACGCCCCACUGCCUGGGGGUGGCAUCGUGAAUGGUGGAGCUCCGGGCAGCAGUGCCGGUGGGGGUGGUGUUGGUGGCGGCGGCGGCGGUGGUGGCAGUGUACACCUUCCGGACCAGCAGGGAGCCGGGUACGUGACGGAGAAGCUGUACAUGCUGCUCCAGCUCUACCUGCAGAACAAGGGCUGGAACCCGUCGGUCGAGCUGCUGCAGUGCUUUGCCGAGCUGAAGGACACGCCGGUGCUGCCCAGCGCGGCCUACCUGCAGGCGCUGGCGAGCCGCGUCGCGCUGGACAACCAGGGCCGGCUGGUGCUGCGCGAGUCCGGCAAGAUCGUGCUGCCGUACGAGCACUUCGCGAACGCGGUCAUGCUGAAGCACAUGUCCGGGCCGCACGGGCUGCACCUGAGCAUCGAGGCGACGGUCCGGGCCGUGAUGGACUCGUACACGAUCGGGCGCGACUGCUUCGGGAUGGAGAAGGAGUUCAUCGUGGAGGUGGUCCAGUCCUGCCCGAGCCCGGCCUGCCGCUACUACAAGGGCCAGCUGGGCGUCGGGUCGUACAUCGAUCCGACCGCGUUCGGCGCCACCAGCGGCGCCACUGCCAGCUCGAGCGGUGCAGGAGCCGGCGGUGGGGGAGGAGCAGGAGGAGGAGGAGGAGGGGGUGGAGUAGCACCACAGCCAACGCUACCGCCGCCGCCGCCACCGCCGCCAGCACCCGGGCACCUGAGCUCGGCGGAGUAUUUGACGCAUCUGCAGCAGCAGCUCGGCCAGCAGAGUGCCGGUCUGUUCGAGUUGGGAGUGGGCGAGCGCGAUCCGGCCAAGGCGCUGCUCGGGCAGGCGGCGAAGCACGCCAAGGCGACCGCAUCGCCCCAGCACCAGCAGCCGCACAUGAGCGCCGCACUGUUUCAGCAGCAGCAGCAGCAGCAGCAGCAGAGUCGUGCCAUCGUACAGCCGAAAGCUCCGCCACCGUUCGACGGGUUCAGCAAUCUGUCCGCGUUCGACAAGCAGCGGAUGCUGCAGCAUCUCCAGGACAAACAGAAGCAUUUCGAGGCGGGCCACGUGGCUCCGUCGCACGUGGUCGGCACGGGCGUGCACGGUGCGUCCGUUAUGAGCAAGCAGCAGCAGCAGCAACAGCAGCAGCAACAACAGGCAGCGACACUGCUGCACCAGCACCAAACACAGGCCCUUCAGUCGUCGGCGGUGCCGCAUCACCAUCUACAUCAUCCCUCGCAGCAGCAACAAGCGCAACAGCCACCGUCGCAACUACCACCAUCGGUGGUAUCCUCCCAGCAGCAGCAGCAGCAGCAGCAACACGCCCCGCCACCAACCAUGGUGGGACCACUGAUGCCGCCGAUGAUGAGCCAACCGCAGCAGCAGCAGCAGCAGCAGCAACAGCAACAGCAGCAGCUGGCCAUGCAAGCUCACCUGAGCCAGCCACCGCUGCAGACGGUCAACAUGGACACCGGGCACAAGCUGUCCGACUACAUGCGCGGUGCCGUCGAUCCGCACGAGUGCGUGUCGGCGGCCAGCAGCGAGCUGCUCGCGCUGCACAGCGGCGCCUGGAACCAGGACCGGGGCGCCGGCGACGGUGCCGCCAUCAGCCAGGACAAGAUCAUACGCGCGUUCAGCGAGCUGAUGCGCAACAUCGCCAAGAUGAAGACGUUCAUCCGGCCGAGCAUGUGCAAACCGUACGGCAAGCAGUCGGAAAGCUUGCAGAAAACACUGUUCGACACCAUACAGCUGCUGCAGAUGCUGCGCAACUGUCUGCCGGCACCGCACAUACCCGUCUCCUCCUGGAAGGGUACCGAUGGGACCGGCGGCGGUGCCGAGACGGCAUUAAACUGAAGCGCAGAAGUACGAGCCUGCCCCCCCCCCCC